AUGGGAGAUUGGAAGACUAUUACUGUGCCAGUGCUGUCAUCAGAUAGCAAAAAUAUUUUUCAGUAUACCUCAGAUGAAAAGCUAUCUCCUCCAGGCAUGAAUUCACAAGUGCUACGCCUGCCACUGCCUUCAUCUAAAAGCACGCACAACUUUUUCAGUGCCUUCUGCACAGAAGAGAAUAUUGAACAGAGUAUAUCCUAUCUCAAUAGGGAAUUGACAACAUUGGGUUUUCCCUCUAUUUACACAGAGUCCAAAGGAAAAGAACUAAAUUUAAUAUCUAUCAUAAAUUGCAUGAAUGAAUUGCUUGUACUGCAGCACAAGAAUCUGCGAGCUCAGGAAGAAGUAGAAAUGCAGCAUCUGAAACUGGGUAGUGAUAUGGAUCACUUACAGAACUGCUAUGCUAAACUAAAGGAACAGUUGGAAUUAUCUAAAAGAGAAAUAGUUGGACUUCAGGAAAGAGACAGACAACUGCAAAGCAAGAACAGAAAUUUGCACCAGUUACUUAAAAGUGAAAAGGAUGAAGUACAGAAGUUACAAAACAUAAUUUCAAGUAGAGCUACACAGUACAAUCAUGAUAUGAAGAGGAAAGAGAGAGAAUACAACAAAUUGAAGGAACGCUUGCAACAAUUAGUCAUGAACAAAAAGGACAAAAAGAUAGCUAUGGAAGUUCUAAAUUAUGUUGGUAGAGCUGAUGGGAAGAGAGGUGCAUGGAGGACUGAUAAGACAGAAGCCAGAAAUGAAGAAGAAAUGUACAAAGUUCUGUUAAGUGAUUAUGAACAACGCCAAAAACAACUUUUAUUGGAAAAUGCUGAGCUGAAAAAAGUUCUGCAGCAAAUGAAGAAAGAGAUUAUUUCGCUACUCCCACCACAGAAACAGAAACCUAAAGAAAGGUCUGAAGAUGGACCAGUGCUGUCAGACCUGGAAGAAGAUAUUGGAGAGUUAAAUAAAGAGAAUAUGUGGGAACUGUCUUGUGAAACUGUGCGAGAGCAGCUUACCAACAGCAUUAGAAAACAAUGGAGGAUGUUGAAAAAUCACGUUGAGAAGCUAGAUAACCAAGUGUCACGUGUACACUCAGGAGCUUUGAAUGUAAAAGAUGUCAUUUCAAGAGAAGACCAUGAGCUGGAAACUGAAAAGCUGGAGUUAGAGAUUCAGCAGUGUAAAGAAAUGAUCAAAACUCAGCAACAGCUCCUACAGCAGCAGCUUAUGUCUCCAUGUGACGAUGACACCACUCUGUUACUACAGGACUGCUAUUUGUUGGAGGAAAGAGAGCGUCUCCAGGAAGAAUGGAGACUAUUUCGGGAACAGAAAAAGAAUUUUGAGAAAGAACGAAGAAGUUUUACAGAAGCUGCUAUUAGAUUAGGACUUGAGAGAAAGGCAUUUGAAGAAGAUAGAGGAGCAUGGCUGAAGCAACAGUUCUUAAGUAUGCCAACUGAUUACAAGCACUCUGAAAAUGUGACAACUUCAAGUGCCUUCUCAGGAAGUUCUGACCAGGACAAUCACUUAAUGAAACCUGCAUCUCUGCAAAGCAAAGCUCACUCUAUGUCAAAUGGUCCUGUUUCAGCAGAACCUUGCCAGACAUUUCAGUAUAUUACAUAUAGCAGUUCCAGUGCUGCAUCAAAAAAUCCUGCUGGAGAUAGCAAGCCAAAUCAGUGUGUGGAAAGUGACAAAGAAGAAACCAAGUAA